AUGCUCUCGCUCGGCGUCUCGCAGAUGGUGCUCGGCUGCCUCAUCGUGGCCGUCAGCUUCGCCGCCCUGGCGCUCACCACCUCGGCCCGCGUCCGCCACUCCUGCCCCUUCUGGGCCGGCUUCUCGGUGCUUCUGUCAGGACUGAUUGGUGUUGUCUCAUGGAAAAGACCCCUCUCACUUGUGAUAACCUUUUUCAUGCUAUUAUCAGCAGUGUGUGUAAUGCUGAACUUGGCUGGUUCCAUUCUCUCUUGUCAGAAUGCUCAGCUGGUAAACUCCCUGGAAGGCUGUCAGUUGAUUAAAUUUGACAGUGAUGGUGUCUGUGUUUGCUGUGAAAUGCAGCAUCAAACAUCAGGCUGCAGCAACCUUGGAGAAACGCUGAAACUGAACCCACUGCAGGAGUGCAAUGUUGUAAGGCUGACCCUAAAGGAUCUGUUGUUCAGCGUGUGUGCUCUCAAUAUCAUCUCCACCAUUGUCUGUGCCCUGGCAACAGCCAUGUGCUGCAUGCAGAUGGUUUCUUCUGAUGUUCUGCAAAUGUUUCUGCCACAGAGGUCGCUUUCCACCAACCCAGACUGCAUGACUCCACAUGGGACUAUCUUGCAUCACACCCUGGAUUUUGAUGAGUUCAUACCGCCAAUACCACCCCCACCCUACUAUCCUCCUGAAUAUACCUGCACUCCCCUGAUAGAAGCACAGAGAAGUCUCCAUUUGGACUUUCCUCAUUCCCCCUUCAGUGCUUUAUAUGAAGUCAGCAUUAAUAGCCCAGGAAUGCUAUAUCCAACUGAGCUACCCCCUCCAUAUGAGGCAGUGAUUGGACAAACACCGGCUAGUCAGGUGACUGGGACAGAUCCACAAGUGUCCGAAUCCAGCCUGGGGGAGAGAAACACAACAGCAGGCUUCAGCACACAAGUUUCUGUUGACAGUGCCUCUCUGAUGGUCUCUGAGGUGGCUGAUAUCCCAGAUCAUAGCUACUCCUCAGAAGAUCUGUGCUCUCUGGAAGUUCAGGGAUCUCUCCGCUCUGCAGACUUUUCACCCUACAGCACAAGAUGCAAAGGAGCUACAAACAGGAGCUGCACCAGUUUGGAUCACAGUAUUCACAGGACUAACUCACAGUGUUCCCCUGAUGAGGAUGGCAGUUCCCAUAGCAGAGGCUCUAUGGACCGGCCUCAAGGCCAGGAUUAUGAGAACUGUACUCAUGGCAAAUCCUCAGACUGCUCCUCAGAGAACUACAGCCCUUCAGAAAGAGAAUCCCAGAGCUCCAUUAGAGAAAACAAAGCCACGCCACCCUUGAAACAAAUGAAAAUGUGUUGUGGGGUCUUUAGUCAGCCUGCUGCUGUACGCUCUCAGCCCUCUCCCUGUUCUGUGCCUGCACAUGCUUCAUGGCAGUCUGGCUGCCCCGAGAGAACUGCCCAACAGCAUCGCAUUAGAAAAUACAGAAUUUCAAAUAUAGUCCGAUCUACUAGUGAUCCUGUUUCUUGUUCAUCCAGCACAGAAGGUGAUAAUUGUGCCUGUGCUCCUACAUGGAGCCAGCAUCAGGAAGCAGGAUUAUCUCAGGCUGCAGUAGAGACAGUUCCUGUUUCUAGUUCUCAUAUGGCUGCCUCUGCUUGCCAGGACUCUACAAGCCGUUUCUUAUCAACUGGAAAAUUUAGCGAUCCAAGAAAAGCUGAUCAACAGUUAAAGCCAAAGGCCUUACAGACCAUCUCCAAAGAACGACCACACUCAUUAGUGGAUCUUAAGGCCUAUAAAGACACAAAAAUUUUAGUGGCUAAGUUUUUGGAACAUUCAAAUUGUAAUCUCCCCCCAGAAGUACGACACGUCGUGAACAGCAUUAGAUCUGUAAUUAAAUCGGAUGAAAGACACAUGGAAGAAGCCAUCUUCAGUGCCAACAUUAUAGACCAGGUCAUGACAAGUUCUCAGCAGAAUGUGAAUACCUCUAGAAAGCGACUUCAAGAAGAGCUUCACCUGCAGAGCUGUGGUGCUUUGAGUUCUCCAGUUGCCUUCUUACGUAGGUCUCAUAUCACUCGCAGUUUAGAGAGGGACAGGCCUCACACUUUAAUCGGAGUUUGCCGAGAGACUAUUCUUUGAUAACAGCUGACAGGUAUGUGAAGAAAGGCUCAUGCCAGCAAAAGAGAAAUUUGGGAAGGACAUGAGGAAAUGCAAAUAGUGGGUGGCUUAAAAAGGAAAACUUCUUCUUUUUUGGAUUCCACUUUUUAUCGAACAGCAGGAGGACAUCCAUGUUUUUUCUGAAUGUAAAUGUAACCCCUGCAUUUUACACAAUUUAUUAUUAAACUUGUAAGAACUGUUUUCCCAAGCAGAAAAACGUUUAUUUGACUGUUCUGGUAGAGAUACUGCUGCGGCUAUGCAGUAUUUCUAGAAAACCACCACCAAACCACAAGAGACCUGUUGCACAACGUGCAAGUUGUAUUUAUUUAAUGUACCUCACAGUGUUUUAACUACAAUCAGUGUUUUAAUAAAAAGUAUUUCUGGACUUUGCUUCUGUAAAACCUGAUUUGGGUAGAAAUAUAGAUUUGUUUUUAUUAUUACAGGUGUGAAAGGUGCUUCCCCUGGUCCCUUCUUUCUGUGCCCAAUUGUACAGACUCUUGCUUGCCAGGCAGAUUGUUCUGCCCUGUGAUAGCUGUUUUUUCCUCUAAAUGCCUUGCCAUUUUUCAAAUUCUAGUAAAGGCUGCAGCAUGAUUUAUUUCUGCUUUGCUCUGAAUGCUCAUGAGUUUAUUGAUGAUGUGGGAGAUGCUGUUGCAGUUUCACUACAAAUGAUUUUUCACAAGGGAGGAAGCCUCUGCAAUGCUGAAUUCCCUAACCAGCUGACUUUCAUAACCUUUUGUAAACAAGCAACCACUGACCCGAAACUAGAUGUGCUUUUGCUAUCCAACAGGGCCUUCAUCUUUCUCUGACUUCUUUAUUCUGUUUAUUAGCAUGGAGAGUUUUAUUACUAAAAUCUCCUCCCUGCGGUUUUGCACUUUUGAGGAAUUAAAUAUUGCUCUCAAAAAGCCUCAACCAGAACCCGUCACUUCAAGUUUGAUUAUUGUUCUAAAGAGACACUUGCCUGAAAGUGUCUUUCUUAAAGAAUACAGUAGUGCAGACUGCAACUCUUAGUGUUCGCUAGCAACAAGAAAGGAUUUAAAUACGGUGUUUUCAUAAGGAAUCCAGCAUCAUUUGAAAUUUCUUUAAAUUCUUUUGGUAGCAGUGUUUGUCAAGAGUGUUAGUUUCCAUUAGAAACACUGCUCUGGGAUUUAAUCAUUCCAUUAUUUUCAUUUGUGUCAUUCUGAACUUGGCAUACAUCCUGUGGAAAGGUCACAAAGGAGUGUAGCUAGAGAUAGGGAGGUUUAGUUUUUCAGCCAUCAGUAUUUAAAGUAAUAACUAUGUCAACAGUGUUGGUGUGAAGCUACAGUGCCAUCCAGUGGCAGAAGGCAUGCUGUAAUGGGAAGGACCCAUUCACAUUUAUUUUUUAAUAUAAUGUAGAUAAUUCACCACAACCUAAUUCUUACUUCAAGGCAGGAGGAUGAAUUCUGUUAGAGAUCAAUUAUCUCCGUUCUUUGCAACUGCACUUAGAUGAAGAAUUAAACAGGGAUAGUUCUGACAGGCUUUUAAAUUCUGUAAACUUAUCAACAGAACAAACAAAAUGAGCAAGUUUUCUUUAUUACUCCAGAUUUAUUAGUGAUAUUAGAUUAAUUCUUUCCUAAGGUCAGUUGCAUGCAACAUGUUACUCCUUGACGUACAGUAAUCCUAAAGCUUUUUAAUUACUGCAUGGUAAGGCUUCUUAAGUCACAGUGUAUUUUCUUCUUGGCCAAAAAAUCUAGACAAAAUGUUACAUCAAUUAACACUGAUCUCAUAACAAGUACAACUUUACUACUACUUAGGUUAGCUAUGCACAUUCUAAUACUGUGGAUGGUGCUAGUUCCUCAGCUGCCAGAAACAAUUUACAUUCAGAACAAAUUGCCUCAGGAAUAAGAAUGCUUUUAUAAAAGACAACGACAGGUAAGCAUGGCUUUCCCAGUUUGAGCUAAUGGAAUCCAAAAGGUAAUUAAAAAAGAAGGAUAAAAUGAACAAAAACACACAUGCACAAACUAGAACAAGUUAAGUUCUAGAGAAGGUGUCCUGUUAAAUUAAACAUUAAAAAUAAAUAUGUAUCUAAAUAAAUAUUUUGAUUUUUAUCUUGUGGCAAUUCUUUAUUUCACAUACAAG